UUUGAAACUUGGCAGCAGGCACUAGGCAGUUCAUCGACAGUUCGACAGCUAUACUCGACAGACCUUUGCAGCUGUUCUAAAUUGGUUGUUGCUUAUCUUUGUAUCGCGUUUUAUUGUCUUUGGUAAUAAUACUCGUGGCGCUGUGUUCUACGAAAUAAUUCAGUAGAAUAUUUCAUUAUAAACCAUUUUUGUGGAAACAAAGGACUCUGGAAGCAAAAGUGAUUUCUAUUUCGUGACGUAAUUGGAUCGCACACAAAUUGUGAACGUGAAACUCAAGAAGAUAAUUAUUGUUCAUAUGCCAUAAAAAGUGUGUGCGAAUGGUGUACGUUUUUCCCUAAGCCCGUGUAGUUCACAUAGCAAAAUGUGGGAAGUGGAUUCUGACACGGGAUCUCAAAGUGCGUCGUCGGAUGGAAUUCGACGGAGGCAAGGAUGGGAUCCCGAGGCCGAGAGUCUUGCUUCUCAAAUAGACGAACUUGACGAAGUCCUAGCUGAAGAGGAGGAAGGAUGCCCUCUACCAUCCACCCCCGAAGAUCAGCAUUUACUCGACGCGGAAAUGGCUGAAGUUCUGAAAGCUGGCGUAUUAUCCGACGAAAUAGACCUUGGAGCGCUCGCCCAUAACGCCGCGGAACAAGCCGAGGAAUUCGUUCGCAAAGUAUGGGAGGCAUCGUGGAAUGUUUGCCACUUCAGACACCUGCCGCGUUGGCUGCAAGACAAUGAUUACCUUCACAAAGGACACAGGCCACCGCUACCCUCUUUCAGUGCGUGUUUCGCUUCGAUUUUCCGAAUUCAUACAGAAACUGGCAAUAUUUGGACCCAUUUGCUCGGAUGCAUUGCUUUCAUCGGCGUCGCAAUAUACUUCGUCACACGGCCUUCGAUUGAGAUUCAAAUGCAAGAAAAGAUGAUAUUCGGUGUGUUUUUCAUUGGCGCCAUAGUCUGUCUAGGCUUUUCAUUUGCUUAUCACACACUUUACUGUCAUUCAGAAAUGGUUGGAAAAUUAUUCUCUAAACUGGAUUAUUGUGGAAUAGCACUGCUCAUAAUGGGUUCAUUUGUUCCUUGGCUGUACUACAGCUUCUACUGCCAUUAUAGACCGAAGAUAAUUUACCUAUCAGUUGUAGUGGUAUUAGGUAUACUAUCAAUAAUAGUAUCACUAUGGGAUAGAUUUUCUGAGCCCCGUCUGCGGCCACUUAGAGCUGGAGUGUUCAUGGGCUUCGGCCUCUCCGGUGUAGUUCCUGCAAUUCAUUACGGCAUUACAGAAGGGUGGUUGAGCCAAGUCAGCAAGGCGUCCUUAGGCUGGCUGGUUCUUAUGGGCCUGCUGUACAUCUUGGGAGCAAUGUUCUAUGCUCUCCGUGUUCCUGAGCGCUGGUUCCCCGGCAAGUGCGACAUCUGGUUCCAGUCGCACCAGAUCUUCCACGUGCUGGUGAUUGUCGCCGCCUUCGUCCACUACCACGGUAUCAGUGAGCUCGCUUCAUAUCGAGUGACUGUUGGAGAGUGUUCAAUGCCCCAAUCUUCAAUUGCAUUCUAGCCCGACCCUUUACCAAAUGUGAUAGUAGACCGUAGAUAAAUUUAAGUAAAACACAAAUUUUCAAUAGUUUCACUGUAUAUUUUUCACAAUUGUUUUUAACACAUUUUUACCUAGGUUUUUUACAAAAAUAAUAAAAUAAAUGAUCAAAUUUGCAGUGAGGCUGUUUGUGCAAUACUAAGAAAACAUCAGUUUGUAUUGUCAGAUUUUGUAAGUUGAGGAUUGAUUACAUAGUUAAUUUUGUAUUUCUAUUAUUUUAUUUAUUUCUCCUUAGACUGGUUAGUUUUUAUUAGAACCUUUAUGAAACUGUAGUGAAAAAAGCACAUAAUAUAAUUUGUGUACUCUCUUCUUGACACAAUAAGCUUUACUUUAAAUUUUAUUUAUGUGUUGAAUAUUUUAUCAUUAUGUACUUAAUUUAUGUAUCUUGCACUAAUUAGAAUAAUUUGUGGUAGUUAGUAGUUGACGACCACAUGUGACCUAUAUUUUUUUCUGUAUUGUAAAGAUUUUAUCUUUCUUUUAUCCAAAAACCUACUGUUUUACUUGUCUUCUAUAUUGUUGUAUGUGUUGAAUGUUGUAUGACCUUAACACAGCUUUUUUGAAUCUCUAUAUUUUUAUUUAACAAUUUUUGAUAUUGUUUAUAUUUCAAUAGAACUCUGUAAUGUAUAUUAACCCAUUGAGCUCCAAGCGGCCCGAUCGGUCCCAGACACAAUAGAUUUUCUAUUGUGUCUGUGGUUCCAGGGCCUGAGUAAUUAAAACAUAGUCAUCCAAUGUUAUUAUUUUCUUAGUCUUCAUAUUUCAUUCAGAAACAUUCCAUUUUACUUGAGAUUAUUUUUCUAACUACAUUGAAUCAAAUUAAUGAACAUUUUCAAAUUGCAUGUGUGGUCUAUGCUAGGUGUAAUUAAAAAAAAUUAUAUUCUAAAUUGUUGUAAGUGUUCAUGAAUAUAAAGAUUUUAUGAAAAGAAAAUAAAUAAAAAAAACUUGGUGUAGAUUAAAAGUAUUGAGCUCUGUUCUCGUGAAAGUACAUUAUCAUAGGUAUAUUGGAAAAAUUAAAGAAAAAGUAUUUUAAUUACUAAAACAAAAAUAUUAGGAGCUCAUAGUUUCGUUUUUGUAUGAGACUUAUAAAUUGCACUUGUAAGUAUUGAUAUGUAUGUAUGUUGGUUAGGCUUUCUCGACAACUCUUGGAAAUUGUAUACUUGUCAACUUUGAGUCUGUUUAUGACUGAUGAUAAAAGACAAUAUUUUUCACAAUGUUUAAUUAUACAGAUAAUUUGUUUAUGAAGCAAUUUUUUAAAUCUUUGCUACAUAAUUUACGUAAAAUUUCUUUCAAUUAGGAUUGUAACAAUCCAGUCUCUUUAAUUUGUUGCUAGUUAUAAUUAUUAUAAUUAAUAUAAAAAUUUAAUUGUGUAGAUAUUGUCGCUUUCAUUGUUUGUUUAAACUUUGUUAAACCUUUUCUUGUUUUAAAUGGGAUAAAAUGUGAUUAUGGAAUAAAUAAUUUGGAAAAAUC